AUGGGUUAUUUUCCUAAAAAGUAUUUGGUGGUUGGAUUAAUCCAAAUAAUAUUUCUGCUCAAUUGCCUGACAAAUGCAGAGAAUGUUUCUCCAAAGAUAACUUCACAGAUCACCGGUGUCAUGAAAGAUGGAUUAAUUCAAGUGCCGAUUUACUGUCGAUGUAAAAAUCAGAUGACCUAUUUGAAUGUCUCUUUGGUACAGCCUUUUUUCAGUCCACUCCAUGGAGUGUACUACCUCCCAUGGGCUCAAAGUACAAUAAAUCCAAUGGCUCCAGCCAUCAGUAUAAAAGUGAAUGGAUCUGAGAAUCCUCUACUCUCAGGACUGACCUACCCGCUAUCAUUAAUCGACAAUCCGAUGUACAAGAACAUAACCGGUCUUCAGGACAUCCAAUUGCUCAGCCACCACUUUUGUGGCAACUAUUCCAAUAUCAACAUCACUUUUGAACAUUCCUACCAGGACUUUCUUAUGGUUAUUUUCGUUGGAAAUGCUGCCGUUCAAAUCAAUGCAUUGGAUGCAAACAACCACAAUUUAAGUUCAUCAACCUGGGAGUAUGUUGGUCAAGGUGAAAUACGAAACUCUACGGGUGGUGCUAUCAAUCCAGCCAAUUGUUGCGAUAAUACUGAUAGUAAAUCUCUAAAUAGUUUUGUUAUUUUACACCCAUCUACACCUAUCUCUGCUAUACAGUUGCAUGUAACAGAUGCUUGCAAAUGUCCCAGUUGUAAACUCAACUUUUUAUACUAUGCAUUGAUUUCAAUUGGAAACUGUUCAGAUUCCACUCCUACCCCUACUCUUACUCCUACACCAAUACAAAGUACAACUGGAAUUAUUGAUAUACCAGGUGGAACAUUGAGUGCUAGUGGAUCUGGUUUUAGUACCGGAUCAACAACUGCAAAUGGAAAUGGUUCUGGUGCUGGAUCAACAACAACCAGUGGUAAUGGUUCUGGUACUUCAUCAACAACAACAAAUAAUGGUUCUGGUGCUGGAUCAACAACAACCAGUGGUAAUGAUUCUGGUGUUGGAUCAACAACAACCAGUGGUAAUGGUUCUGGUGCUGAAUCAACAACAAAUGGUAAUGAUUCUGGAGUUGGCUCAACAACAACCAGUGGUGCUGCAUCAACAGCAACCAGUGCCAAUGGUUCUGGUGCUGAAUCAACAACAACCAGUGGUAAUGGUUCUAGUUCUGGAUCAACAACAACAAGUGGUAAUGGUUCUGGUGCUGCAUCAACAACAAAUGGUAAUGAUUCUGGAGUUGGAUCAACAACAACCAGUGGUGCUGCAUCAACAACAACAAGUGGUAACGGUUCUGGAGUUGGAUCAACAACAUCAAGUGGCAAUGGCUCUGGUACUGGAUCAACUUCAAGUGGUAUAGGAUCAACAACAACAAGUGUCAAUGGUUCUGGUACUGGAACUACAACAUCAAGUGGUAUAGGAUCAACAACAGCAGGUGGCAAUGGUUCUGGUACUGGAACUACAUCUAAUGGUUCUGGUGCUGCAUCAACAACAUCAAGUGGUUCUGGUACUGGAUCAACAAUAGAUAGUGGCAAUGGGUCUGGUACUGGAACUACAACAUCAAGUGGCAAUGGUUCUGGUACUGGAACUACAACCUCAAGUGGCAAUGGUUCUGGUACCGGAACUACAUCUAAUGGUUCUGGUGCUGCAUCAACAACAGCAAGUGGCAAUGGUUCUGGUACUGGAACUACAACAUCAAGUGGUAUAGGAUCAACAACAGCAAGUGGCAAUGGUUCUGGUACCGGAACUACAUCUAAUGGUUCUGGUGCUGCAUCAACAACAGCAAGUGGUUCUGGUACUGGAUCAACAAUAGAUAGUGGCAAUGGGUCUGGAAAUACUACAUCAAAUUCCAAUGGUUCUGGUGCUGGAUCAACAACGAAUGGUUCUGGUACUGGAUCAACAACAGCAAAUGUACCAGGAACUUCGACCACAACCAGUGUAGCUAGUACCAGUACUAGUUCAACAACAAGUUCAAAUACUUCUCCAGAUUUAGACCAAGAUACAGGCAGUUCAUCCGGAACUGGAUCAACAACAUCCAGUAGCAAUGGUUCUGGAGUUGGAUCAACAAGUGGCAAUAGUUCUGGUAUUGGAACAACAUCUGCUAAUGGUAGUGGAUCUGUAGCCGGAUCAACUACCGCCAGUGGUAAUGGUUCUGGAUCGAUAACUGAAAAUGGUAGUGGUUCCGGAAAUGGUUCCACAACCAACGGUAAUCAGUCUGGAUCUUCUACAUCCAGUGGCAAUGGUUCUGGAGUCGAUUCAACAACAACUAAUGAUUCUGGUGCUGGAUCCACUGACAAUAGUAGUGGCACUGGUAUUGGAUCAACAACAACUAAUGGCAAUGGUUCUGGUGCUGCAUCAACAACGGCUAACGGUUCUACAAGUAGAAAUGAACCUGGAACUGGACCGAAUACCAGUUCCAAUGGUUCUGGAGUUGGAACAACAAGUGGCAAUGGUUCUGGAGUUGGAUCAACAACAGCAAGUGGUAAUGGCUCUGGUACUGGAUCAACAGCAUCAAGUGGCAGUGAUUCUGGUGCUGGAUCAACAACAACAAGUGGCAAUGGUUCUGGAGUUGGAUCGACAACAACAAAUGGCAACGGUUCUGGUGCUGCAUCAUCAACAUCAAGUAGCAGUGAUUCUGGUACUGGAUCAACAACAUCAAGUGGUAAUGAUUCUGGUGCUGGAUCAACAACAUCCAGUGCCAAUGGUUCUGGUUCUGGUGCUGGAUCAACAACCAGUGCCAAUGGUUCUGGUGCUGGAUCUACCACGGCCAGUGGCAAUGGUUCUGGUACUGGAUCAACAACAACAAGUGGCAAUGGUUCUCAAAAUCCAGGCUCUAAUCCUAGUGAACCGGGAUCCAAAUACCUUCUGGAAUUCGUUACCUGGAAGGAUACAUUUAGAGCUGGUGAACCUUACGACAACCAACCUGAGUAUAUAAGUGGACUAAAUAUUGGAUUAUACAAUGGUUCAGACUUGGGAAAUAUUGAUUCUGCAAAACCAUUCCUUUCAUGGACCUCCAAGGAGGAGACUUAUUCAGUUUCACUUCAAAAAGGUCAAUACUGUGUUAAAAUAGUUGAUCCAUCCAAAAACUAUAUUCCAACCGAACAAGGCUUUAGCGUUAUCGACAAAGAUGGAGUGGGUUGUUUCAACUUUGAUCAAGAUCAAACUAAAUUUACUGCCGGAUUCCUGAAUGGACUUGGAAUUCAAUCAUAUGUAUGGUCAGAUGAAAAUUAUGAUGGAACUCUCUUUGAGGAACCGCUAUUGGAUGGAGUUUCUGGAAUAUUAUAUCUAGAGACCAAAGGACCAGUUUCCCCAAUUCGUAAAUGGAAUUCAAGUGACAACAGUGUCUCAAUCGUAGAUGGACUAUCCGAAGGAAGAUAUUGUAUUCACUAUGAUAAACCAAAAGAUCAUUCUUAUCCAAAUGCCACUAUCUAUGAUAAUUCGAUAGAUGAACAUGGAGACAGUUGCUUCGAUCUAAAUAAUACAACAUUCACUCUAAUAAUCAACGCUGGAUUCUUCCCUUUGGUCGAUGAAUCAUCAUCUUCCAACCCAGACUCUUUGGAUAUCGGACCAGAUUUCUAUGCAAACACUACAGGAUCACAUAUUUUGCUCGAAGGAAUGAUUUACGAAGAUCUAAACAAUGAUGGAUUGAGGCAAUCUACAGAAAAACCAAUUAAACAUGAAAUCUCAAAGAUAGACAUUACCUUUAAAAACGGAACUAAUAUUGCCACUGUAAUACCCGAUUCCGUGGAGUAUUCAGUCGAAGUUGGUACACCAAUAGCAUGGAGUUGGUCGAUUCCUCCAUCUGAAGAAGUUUGUAUCAAUGCAACACUCAGUCACCCAGAUAAAUACAAAUUUGCCGUCCAUGGACCAUUCAACGAUCUUGGUGAAACUGGAAGUAAAUGUAUUACAGCUAAACCAGAUGAUUACAGAUUAAAUGUUAAUAUUGGUUUAGCUCCAAUAUCGAAAAAAUAA